AUGGAAAGUGGAUUUACAAUGUGUCAGACAGGGUGGCAACAUCUUGUGGCAUGUGGCUCGUAUCUCAGUGAUGGGAAAGAGGAUCUUGAUGAUUUAAGAAUGGAGGGAGUAACUACCCUGGUGCCUUCUGGGAACAAAUUUAACCAAGGUCGAGCUACUCACUCUGCUGAACCCCAGGCCAAAGUCACACUGAACAUCUGUUCAAGGUGUGCCAGGCUUCAAGGAGACAACCUGGUGGAAAGGACAGAAGAGACCUCUCAAAUUCUUCAUUCUCCAGAUGAAAUAAUCCCAGAAUUUUUGGAUUCUUUAGCUGGAACUGAAGAAGCACUGAUGGAAGAGGGUGAAGAAUGUGAGAAAGCAUCUAGAUUAACAGGACCUGGAGAAGCCUCCAGUGGAGGACAGUCAUUGAAAAACUACAUGGAAGAAGAUGACUCUUUAAAGCAAUUGCAGGUGGUUCAUCAACCGUGGAUCCUGCCAAGUGACACAGAAAGUGAAGGAGUGGAAGCAGAACAAGAGAAACACCUAGUGAAUCAGAAUCUCUGUGCAUGGGACUCUAAAUUCUGCAUUUCUAAUAAACUCCUCAGUUGA